AUGAUCUCAACGGUACCUUCUGAUCCACAAUGGAAAUGUCUGGUAUGCCAACGCCAGAUGCGCUCGUAUGGACCACACUCUCAAACCGAAACUCACCUCGCAGCAGUUGCACGAUACGAGGCUCGUAUCACAGCAGAAAAUGUGAUGCUCCCCGGUCUCAACGACCCACAAAAUGGCAAUCCUGCCGCCCCACUACCACAGGACGACAUAUUCAACGACAAUGACGAGCUUGCCCCCCCAGACGACCUUCCCUUUGCCCGGCCCCCCUCGCCUUUUUCGUACCUCCAGGCUCUUCAGAUGGCAGAGGAAAACAAAACCAGCGAAACAGAUGACUCCGAUCUUGAAAUCAACAUUCACAAGCUUGCUGAAGCUAUGGCUGCUAUGAAUGAAGGGUUUGAUUCCGACGACGAUGAGGCAGACGAAGUCGCUCUUGAGCAUGAGAUGCAUACACCUCAGGUUCAGGAUGCCCAUGAAUGGUACCCAUUUAAGAAGAAAGAGGUCAGAUCUAUCUCCAAUGUUAUCCAACUACUUUUAUUCUCGAAUCAUUACUGA